AUGGAGCACCCUCUCGCGACAAUUGACAAGGCCUCUGUCGCCGAGGUCGAGGUUGCAAAGCCCGGUUUCGCCCCAGUUCGGUCUACGGUCCCUCAAUAUGUCCCCUUUACAGAAGAAGAAAAAGCACUUGAUCGACGCGUCAAUCUCAAACUUGACAUUUUUGUCAUCAUAAUCCUGUCACUGGGCUUUAUCCUUCUUGGUAUCGACAAGACAAAUGUGGGAUAUGUGGCCACUAGCAACUUUGUCCAAGACGCCCAUCUCAAACCUACAGAUAUUGCUAAUUCAGUCUCCUUGUUUGCCGCAACAUACGUCCCUCUCCAACCAAUUUCCAGCCUCAUUGGCCGCCGAGUAGGAGCGAAAUGGUGGCUUUCCGCCUUGAUGAUGGCAUGGGGCAGCAUCUGCAUAGCUCACAUUGCAAUUAGAAGCUCUGCGACCUUUCUGGCCCUACGCUUGCUACUAGGCGUAGCUGAGGCCGGAUUCACACCUACUGCCUACUACUAUAUGUCAACAUUCUACCCAAAGUUCUCUCUUGGAAUCAGGAUGGGUGUCUUCUCGGGUAUGUACUCCGUGGCAGGAGCUUUUGCUGGUCUUCUCGCAUAUGGAUUGCUCCACACCGAGACCUCAAGGCUUCGUGGUUGGCAAAUGGUGUUCUUGGUUGAGGGAAUUCUUACGAUAUUCGUGGCGCUGUUGGCUCUUGCUAUUUUUCCGUCGAAUUUGUCCAAAGUGUGGUUUCUGACAGAAACGGAGCGACUGCAUGCUAUACGCCGAAUGGAGCGUGAUCAACAGACGACCGCUGAUGUAGAUGCGCAAGGGAAUAGACUGGGAGCUUAUGGAACCGAAAGCCAGGACUUGGACCUCAAGGAGGAGGAUACCAGGAUUUCGUGGCGGGAUAUUCAGGAUGCUUUCAAGGAUUGGAAAAAGCUGCUCAUUAUUGUGUGCAAUAUAAUGAGUGUCUUGCCUGUAACAGCAUUUACUACAUUCCUACCCUUGGUUGUGCAGGGUAUGGGAUACAAGGGUGUCAAGGCCACUUUGAUGUCUGUGCCGCCUUUUAUCGUUGGAACAGUUGGACUGAUCAUCAUCGUCUAUUCAUCUGAUCGGCUCAAAGAGCGAAGCUUGCAUACCGUCUUCGGGAUGACACUAGGAUUGAUCGGCUGUGUUGUCAUGGCCACCUCAUCAAAUCCCAAGGUGCGGUACGGCUUUUCACAUGUCUGCCUCUCGGGAGUCUUCGCUGGUGGCCCGUUGAUCGCAGUGUGGUUGGCUGGAAAUACGCCUUGGAAGGGGACGAGAGCUAUUAUUCUUGGUCUCAAUGGUUGGUCCAACUUGGCUGGCGUUAUUGCUGGACAACUAUUCAAGCCUACAUAUGGGCCUUCAUACCGAUUUCCAUUGAUUGUCACCAUGAUUUUGAUUGCAGUUGGAAUGUGUGGUUUCUGUGCUGUGCGAGGUCUGUACAUGAUUGAGAAUCGUCGACGACGUAAGGAGAUUGCGAGUUGGGAUGAAGCUCGAUUUGCUAUGGAGGAAUCGAGCACAGAGAGGCGGGGAGAUCAGCGCCACACUUGGAUAUACAGCUACUAG